AUGACGAAGAACUGCCACAAUGACUACAAGUUGAAAUUCUCUGACGAUGAGGAGUUCCCAGACCUCUCCCUGCACAACAACCACAUGUCCAAGGUGCUGACCAAGGACAUGUACAAAAAGUUGAGGAGCAAGUCUACCCCCUCCGGUUUCACCCUGGACGACUGCAUCCAGACCGGUGUGGACAACCCUGGUAAGACUCGGAAGCACACACACAGGAAGAUCCGUCAGGGCCCUAUGAAGUCUCUGAUUGGUGGCUGAAAACAAAAUAUUCUUAGUGAUAUUAACUGAUACACUAUUAGCAUGAAAAAUGAGACUGUUGGUAGUGCAUUUUGUUGGUAGCCUUUUACAUGUAGUUUUCCUGUGGCAAUAGUUCUCACCUAUUCUCCAUCUGUCUGCAGGACACCCCUUCAUCAUGACCGUCGGAUGCGUUGCUGGUGAUGAAGAGUGCUACGAAGUCUUCAAGGAUAUGUUCGACCCAAUCAUCUCCGACCGUCAUGGAGGCUACAAGCCCACCGACCAGCACAAGACCGACCUGAACUUCGAGAACCUGAAGGUGAGUGAAGAGAGUGAUCAUGACAAUCACAUUUCAAAUUUUGAGUUGCUCCUUUUGCAUGCUUGAUUUUUUAGCUAAUAUAUAAGGCUGCAGUGGACCGUGGUGACUAGAUAGCAUUUGAAUGAGUUAUAUGUGUAGAGUGACAUAACAUUAAUUUCCCCGUUUGCAGGGAGGUGAUGAUCUUGACCCCGCCUACGUUCUGUCUAGCCGUGUGCGUACCGGCCGCAGCAUCAAGGGAUACACCCUGCCCCCCCACAACAGCCGUGGCGAGCGCAGAAUGGUUGAGAAACUGUCCAUUGAAGGUGAGUGUCUGCACUAUAAAAAUCAGCACUAUAAAUCAGCACUAUAAAUCAGGGUCAGCUGUGCUGACUUGAAGCACGACCAUGUCAAUCUCAUGUUUAUGUCUUUCUCCCCUCAGCCCUGGCCACACUGGAUGGUGAGUUCAAGGGAAAGUACUACCCCCUGAACGCCAUGACCGAUGCCGAGCAAGAUCAGCUGAUCGCCGACCACUUCUUGUUUGACAAGCCCGUCUCCCCCCUGCUGCUGUCCGCUGGUAUGGCCCGUGACUGGCCCGACGCAAGAGGAAUCUGGUGAGUGCCCAGGACACAGGCUUAUACCAAUACCCAAACAAAAACAAUACCAUUUGUGAAACAAGAUAAUGCAUGUACAGUAUGUCCCACAGUGUAUCAUAGUGGUGUGUCAUGUAAUACGUACUCCCUCCUUUCUGAAGGCACAACGAUAGCAAGAGCUUCUUGGUGUGGGUGAACGAGGAGGAUCACCUGCGUGUCAUCUCCAUGGAGAAGGGAGGCAACAUGAAGGAGGUCUUCAGACGCUUCUGCGUUGGUCUGCAGAAGGUACGCUAGCCACAGAGCCUACAGGACUGACACACUGUCAAUAACUAGAUUGUUCUUUAUCGCUUGUUCACAAUGAUGGCAGCUGGCUUUUCUUAUAGUCAAUAGUCGAACACACAUCACUUUCGGUUGGCUAUUCUCCCCUGAAAACGCACUCACUGGGACAUUCUCGUCUCCUGUCCUUCUCUACCUUGUGCAGAUUGAGGCGGUCUUCACGAAGCACAACCACGGCUUCAUGUGGAACCAGCAUCUCGGCUACGUGCUGACCUGCCCCUCCAACCUGGGAACUGGCCUGCGCGGUGGCGUGCACGUCAAGCUGCCCAAGCUGAGCACACACGCCAAGUUCGAGGAGAUCCUGACCAGGCUGCGUCUGCAGAAGCGCGGCACAGGUACGAGCUACUCUCAAACUCUCUUUACAGUCUUAAUGCACAAAGUCAUACUGUACCUCGCAAUAGUUAUUAUAAUGUAAUUACAUUGCCAUUACAUAUGCAUCUCUGGAGGUGACUAGCAAAGCCAUAUUGAACCUGACUAGCCAAGCCAUAUUUAAUCUGACAUGUACAUCAUUGAACACCAGUGUUGAGGAUUAUGAAGACUCACCUUUGACCUCUUUGCCUGCAGGUGGUGUGGACACCGCCUCCGUGGGUGGAAUCUUCGACAUCUCCAACGCUGAUCGUCUGGGCUCCUCAGAGGUGCAGCAGGUGCAGAUGGUGGUGGAUGGCGUCAAGCUCAUGGUGGAGAUGGAGAAGAAGCUGGAGAAGGGAGAGGCCAUCGACGGCAUGAUCCCCGCCCAGAAGUAAAGCGGCAUUUGUGCUUCGGUGUUUUUUGUAUUAUAAAAAUGAGUAGCCUUGUCAUCACACGGGCAGGAGACUGCCUCCCUGGACUUUUCCUAAAGACACUCCACUCUGAUCAAACUAUUUUUUCCUUCCUUCAUUCUUUCUCUUCAUAAUUUUUCUUUCUCCUUCCUACGGUGACUUUUUACCAUCUGUCCCGUUCUUUCUGCAACAUCCUGGGAUCAAAGUACCAUCGCAUAGUCUGGUGCCAGCCAAGGGCCAUCGCUAUGUGUAUGCACCUAAUCUUAAAUCAGUUUUUUGGUUGUAAAAUGUAUUGAGCAAAUAAAGCAAACC